AUGAAAAAGAUUAAGUUGAAUAUCACAAGGGACGACAAUAAUUUAGAAAAUAAUAUUUAUUAUGUAUGUGAAAAAAAUAUAUUAAUUUCAAAUUUAACCUUAACAAUUAAUUAUGAUGAAAAUAAUAUACAGGAUGAACAAAUAAUAGAUGAAAAUGAAUUCAUAAAUGAAAGUAAUAAUAAUAUAGAUAAUAAUGAAGUGACUGAAGAUAAUUAUAGGAGUGACAUAAAUAAUAAUAAAAAUAAAAUUCUGAAUAUAAAAAUAAAUUAUAAUGAUGAAUCAUUAAAUAAUUUAUAUAUGAAUAAUAUAAUAUAUAAUUUGUAUGAUUAUAUAUUUGAAAAUAAAAUUAAUAAUAUAAAUAUAAAUAAAAAUCACAAAUGGAAUAUAUUUAUAAAUAUAUAUGUAUAUGAAUAUACACCAUAUAUAUAUGAUCAUAUUUGUAAUGUUAUAAAUGUUCAUUUGUCUAUAUUAUUGUUUCCAUUAUGUUUUUAUGAUUUCGAUUCAAGAUGGUAUAGAUGUAUAGAAAAUUUUGAAGAAUUAUAUAAACAUCUAUCAUGUGCAAAUAAAAAAAAAGGAUCAAAUGAAAUAUUAAUACAACAGCAACAACAACAACAAGAACAUAAUAAUAAUAAUAAUGAUAUACAAAUAAAUGAGUGUGAAAAUCUUAGUACAUAUAAUAAUGAUAAAUUCAAAACAGAUGAUAUAUACCUAUUAGAUAAAUAUGACCAAAAUAAAAAUAUAAUAAUUAAUCAAAUUGAAAAUACCAAUUUCGAUUUAUUUAUUCAAAUAAAAAAUAAUGAAUUAGUUGGUUUCUUUAAAAGACUAUUUAUUAAUUUUAUUCCAAUCAUUAAUACAGUUAAUAUAGAGGGCCAGUUUAUUUAUGUUAUCAAAUAUAUAGAUUAUAAACAAUUCUUUUUAAAUACUCGACAAAAUACUCAUACCAAUGAAUAUGAUAAUAUUAAUAAUAUGCAUACAUUUAUAAACUUUAAAGAGUAUACAUCAUUUCAAAAUGUAACGCAAAAUAUUCAUAAUAAUAAUAAUACAUAUACUGAUCAAUAUAAUACAAAUAACAUUAAUAUGAACGAAAAUCAUUAUAUCCUUUUUAAUGCUGCAACUGUUAGUUUUGAUGAGCAAAAUAUUUUGACAAAUUCUAAAGACACCAUUCAAUUUUAUUACAAUUUUAUAUUAAACUAUGCAAUGAAUUAUUAUUUAAAUAAUUAUUUAAAAUAA